AUGUACUGGAAAUCUUUAUACCCAUUAGCUUUAGCCUUGGCUGUUAAAGCAGAAUCUUCAGCCUCAUGUUCAUUCGAUGAUGCUACCAUGACAGCAGCUGCAAGUAUUAGUCAAUUAGCUUCAUGUCCUACAUUAGAAGGUACUUUAGAAAUUAGUGGUGAUGGUAUUGGAUCUUUAGAUUUAUCAUCAGUUGAAGAAAUCAAAGGUGAUGUUCAUAUCUUCAAUUCUUCAUCAGCUACUGAUAUUAACUUAAACCAAUUAGGAAAAAUUAGUGGUUCUUUAAGUAUUGAUGCUUUAACUCAAUUACACGUCAUUGAUUUCACUAAAUUAUCCCAAAUUGAAGAUUUAAGUUUAAUUUCUUUACCUUCAUUAUCAACCAUUAACUUAAAUACUGGGAUCUCCAAAUUAGGUAACUUGAAAGUUUCCGAUACUGCAUUAUCUGAUUUAAGUGGAUUGAUUGGACAAAUCACUUCUGUUAAUCAAUUAGAUGUUGAUAACAAUAAGAACAUUACCCAAUUACAAUUAAAUAACUUACAAGAAGUUACUGAAGGACUUAUUCUUAGUUUCAAUGGAGAUGAUUGUGAAAUUUCUUUGAAUUCUUUACAAUAUGCUUCAAAUUUGACUUUACAAGAUACUGGUUCAAUUUCUGCUAGUAACUUAUCAUCAGUUAAUGGGUCGUUGAUUAUUGCUUAUAACAAAUAUGAUUCAUUUGAAUUACCAGUUGAAGAAGUUGGUGGUGCUUUACAAAUUUUCGCCAAUGAUGAUUUAACUGAUUUCUCCUUAGGUAACUUAACCAAAGUUGGAGGUGAAGUUAGAAUCUUCAACAAUUCAGAAUUAGAGGAUAUGAGUGAAUCCUUUGCUUCAUUGAAAUCUAUUAAAGGAGCUGUUAAUAUUGAAGGAUCAUUUUCAAAUUUAACUAUGCCAGAUUUAGAAGAAGUUGAUGGUGAUUUCACUGUUAAGACCGAUAAUGAAGAUUUUGAUUGUAAGGAAUUCAAGAAAUUACAAUCAUCUAAGAAGAUUGAAGGUCAUAACUUCAAAUGUAUUGCUCCAGAAAAGAACGCAUCAGUUUCAGGUUCAGCUUCUUUGGCUACUGAAACUUUUGAUGCUUCAGGUUCAGCUGAUGAUGAUGAAGAUGAAGAAUCAUCAUCAACCAAAUCUGAUUCUGGUGCUGGGUAUUUAGGUAGUGGUAUAGUGGCGGUAUUUUUGACCACUUUAUUUAGUGUUUUAAUUUAA